ACCUUCCAUUCAUCCCCGAGGUCACUUUAAGGUAAAUAACUUCCAAUAUGGCGGCCGUUGAAAUGGAUCCGAAUCGAAAAUGAAGCGAAGAUUAAUGCCUUUGUUUCAAAAUACCAAUGUGUUUCCGGAUUCUAAAAUGUUCAAGAUGAUGAUUACGUAUUGAGUUUAACAAAGUACAAGGUUGUGGAUACAUAACAUAGUGUAUUGUCACAAAGAAUUGUCAACAACUCAACGUGUUCGUGGAAUCAUGUCAGGUCGAAAAAAGAAACCAAUAAUUAAGCCUAAACCGGAAGUGGACCAGGUACCAUCAGAUGAAGAGAAAAUGUCUACCAGAAGAAGAGGGAGACCAAGAAAAAAGGUUGAUUCCUACUCCUGUAGAUUGAUCACCAGUGGUGAGGACGACAUUGGAGAAGCGUUAACCCCUGCUUCAAGUACGGGGUCAAUUUCUACAGACUUGCCAGCUUCAGCCCCCAGCAGCCACGAUGGCACACUGCAAGAGGAGGGGAUGUUGCUAGAUCCCAUGGAUAUUAAAAUUGAAGAUGAGGGACUGCUUGAUAAUAGCGUUGUCCCGAAAAUAAACCCAGGCUUUGAGAGGAGCCUAACCGAUGAAACUGCACCAGCUAUAUCACUGCCUUCUGAAGAACUGGAAUCAUCUGAACCAGUUUGUUCUUUAUGUUGCUGUGGUGAAAAGAGUUUGCUAGGUCAAGGCGAUCUCCUUCGAUUUGACCCAACGCCAGGCUUUAACCCAUUCAAGAAGCUGGUGCCUCGACGGAAGACUAGUGAAGAUGACACAAUGUAUACACCAUCCGAGAAAAGCCCCAAGAAUGUCACAUCAAGGCGUGUAAAGGGUCUUUCUAAAACAAGGGAGAGUAGCAGGUCCCCCAGGGGGAGUAACCCAGCAGUGGUUGAUAGGGCGAUGCCUGGGGUUGACUUUGAUGAACUAAGUAUGGUGGGAUAUGCAGAGGAGCCAGAGGUGAAUCACGUGUUUGAACCAUCAGGUCACUGUACUGCGCAUCAUUGCUGUGCAGCCUGGUCAGAAAACGUUUGCCAAAACGAGAACUUUCAACUGCUGAAUGUCGACAAAGCGGUGUUCACUGGUCUGUCGCAACGUUGUUCGUACUGUCGCCGGUUCGGCGCCACCAUUAAAUGUCGAGUGUUGAAAUGCACAAAGUUUUACCACUAUCCGUGUGCUGCAAGUUGUGGAGCAUUUCAGGAUAUUAAAACAAUGUCAUUACUAUGUCUAAACCAUCUAGACCAAGCAGAAGAUUUGGUUGAUGAGGAAGAGCUCACAUGUGUCUUCUGUAGAGCUGCCGGCAACAUCAUAGAAAUGCUCUUCUGCACGAGUUGUGGCCAACAUUACCAUGGCAACUGCCUUGACCCACCAGUUCCUAUCAACGCUGUGGUGCGUGCGGGUUGGCAGUGUCCAGACUGCAAGAUAUGUCAGACAUGCAGGCAACCGGGAGAUGACAAUAAAAUUCUUCUCUGCGAUUCCUGCGACAAAGGCUAUCAUACGUUUUGCCUUAAGCCAGCAAUGACAACAAUUCCGAAGCAUGGUUGGAAGUGCAAAAAUUGUCGGGUCUGUGGUGAUUGUGGCUCAAGAACGCCAGGAAGUGGGCCUAGCUCACGAUGGCACAGGAAUUACUCAGUGUGUGAUAGUUGUUACCAGCAGCGGAAUAAAGGCCUGUACUGUCCAAUAUGUGGUAAAGCUUAUAGGCAACAUGCAACACACAAACUUAUGGUACAAUGCGACCGGUGUACAAGGUUUGUUCAUGCGGAGUGUGACUCUAACGAUGUAAUCGCCGCAUAUCAAAAAGCCAAAAGCUCAGGGCAGCCAGGCAACUACAUCUGCCCAGAUUGUCGCAGCAAGCCAUCACCAUUCUUGUCAUCAUCUCAAAAUUCUCUUAUGUCUGAGGAGGUAAAUUCAGGGACAGAUACCGAGCCAGAAACAUAUACACUGUCAACACAUAAAGAUAAGGAAGCUGUUCCAGUUAGAACGAGUUCCAGACACAUCUGUCCCAGGAUAUCAAUUGACAGCGUUCAGUUUGAUGACAACAUGGACAUAUCGCAGGAUCCGCUUUUACGCUCACCGACAGAAGAAAGCCAGACGAGUAUGGAUCUUGGCUUCAUGCCAGACUACUCUUGCCUCUCGAUACAGGAAGAGGCAUUUGGACCCUGUUCAACACCAUCACUACAGGCACAGCAUACAGCCGUGUUAAGUGCUGCUCAUUCAUUUUUUCCAUCAGUAGGCAAAGCGAGUAAGAAAAAGAUUGGAGCUGGCAGGCCAAGGGGUAAAGGCAAUUUGGGACUGGUAGGAAGAAAAAGAUCUAAGCCUGGAGCAACUGGGGCCAAACGUGGACCGAAACCAAAAUCAAAAUUAGGAAUGUUUCCAUCUGGUUUACCAAUGGUGGGGGCAUCAUCAACUCAAGAAGUAUUAGGUCGCAGAAAAGAUGAAGACGAAGAAGAUUCUAACAUGCAUACAACAGUUGUACUCUUCUCUUCGGAUGACAAAUUCACAUAUUCACAGGAUAUGUGUGUUAGCUGUGGUAGUUUUGGCAAGGGUGCUGAAGGGCGUUUACUAACCUGCUCACAAUGUGGCCAGUGUUAUCAUCCUUACUGUGUUAACAUCAGAAUAACUAAAGUAGUGUUGUCAAAAGGCUGGCGAUGUUUAGAUUGUACGGUUUGUGAAGGCUGCGGAAAGGCCAGCGACGAAAGUCGGUUACUUCUCUGCGAUGAUUGCGACAUAAGUUACCACACCUAUUGUCUAGACCCACCUCUUAUGACUGUUCCGAAGGGAGGAUGGAAGUGCAAAUGGUGUGUGAAGUGUCUUCAGUGUGGUGCCACAACACCUGGGUAUAAUGCAGAAUGGCAAAAAAACUACACGUUAUGUGCUCCAUGUGGGAGCUGUUUAAAUUGUAUGGUCUGCCUAAGGCAAUAUGCUGAGGGAGAGCUUAUUAUACAGUGCAUACAGUGUGAAAGAUGGAGCCAUGCACUGUGUGAUGGAUUACAUACUGAAGAAGAAUUAGAGAGAGUAGCUGACAAAGGAUACCAUUGCACUUGGUGUCGUCCAAUGAAACCACUUUCCCCACCGCCGCCUCAAGAAGUAAAAUCUCCUCCACCAUUGCCAAAAGUUAUCAUUAAAAUUCCGAAAGAAGAUAUUAAACCCAAACAGUAUUCUGUAGAAGGAGUGUAUCUGACCGAGUUAGGUUUCCAGCAGAUCACCAGCAUGUCGCAUCAUAGGAAAAAGUCUCGUAAAAAGCGCAAGUCCUCCCACGGUUUCUCGCUGCUCAAGAAGCUAGCCGAUCCAAACUCUGAACCAACCAAAGAUCUCACCAAGCAUUACAGUUCAGAUGGCUCCGAAAAAUAUCAUAAAGAACGAUCAUGCGAUGAUGAAGAAGAACAUAAAGUAAUAGAGAGUAGCCAAUUGGAUUUUUCGCACAAGAAGAAACGGCAAAAGAGGAAGCCAUAUAGGCCAGGCAUUGGCGGCUUUAUUGCAAGACCCAAGCGAGGUGGUGGAGUAGGGCCUUGCCUAGCCCCAAGGAAGACCCAAGCAGACUUAAAACCAGAUAUCCCUAUGGUUGAGGCACCUUCUGGCAUGAAGUCACCUACAGAGCCUAUGUCAGAGGGCCAAGCAAACUUUGUAGAACCAAUGAAAGAAGGAGAGGUUCAAGGCCCCUUGGCAGAAGGCGAAAAACCAAAGAAGAAGCGUCGGGCUAGGAAAAAGAGCAUACUGGAACAAAAAUUCCCAUCAUACAUCCAGGAAGCAUUUUUUGGCAAAGAACUCCUAGUUUUUAGUAAAAAGAGGAAAGGGUCACCAGGAAUAUCGGACGAGGAGAGCAACUCACCAGCAGUAGUCAGGCAGAAGGACACUGAGAUCGUAAAGCCACCGGAGUCUGUGACAUCGACAUCAAAUGUAGCUGGCUCAGCCUUUGGUCUUGGCAAUACAUCUGAUAACGUACAGACAAGCCAGGAGCAACAAGAUCUUGGUAGUGCAGAGGAUGCCCUCAACCUCUUUACUCAUGAUGACGAGAUAUUUGGUAUGCUAAUGGAGGAUGGUUUAGGCAAACAUGGUGGAGGUAUUGAUCUGGAUGCAGUAGCGGCUGAAGAACCACACCAGACCACUGGUGCUCAUCCUGACAACUCAGAACAUCACGGUCAUUCAGAUGACUUUGAUUCCAUAUUGAAUUCUAAUCUUGGCCAGAUGGUUCCUGAUGAUUUAUCGCACAUUGAUAGCAAAGAAGUUAUAGAUUUAUUUGGUAGUGUGUUGAGUCCUACAGACCCACAUCCGUCUACCACCAGUGGCCAGGUAACAGUUGCUGCUACAGCUGUUAGCGUGUCAUCGUCUAGCCAGGUGGUCAUGCAUUCACACUUGACCUCAUUGGCAACCACCAGUCAGGCCAAAGCCCAUCCGAACCGACCCACUACAAGUUUACCCCCCACUGCAACUCAGGGACUAGUAAGCCCGUCAUUUAGUCCAGAUUUCACAGCACCACCAUCACCUUGGCCCUCAGGGGAGGGGGACACUGAGGGCAUGUCAUAUACACAGAAGGCUGUUAAGAAAUGGGAGAAGGACGAACAUCUUGGCAACUUGGCUACGAUCUCACCAGUACUCUAUGCAAACAUGAACUAUCCGGAUCUCAAAAAGGACUAUCCAGAUUGGCCCUCAAGAGCUAAACAGAUACAAAAGUUGUGGAGGAAGGUUCCACCUGAGGAAAAACAACCAUUUUUGCAAUACGCUAAGGACAAUCGAUCAACUCAGAAACUUAAAGUUACGCAGAAGUUAAGUGAAGGGAUCAUGAGAAAGAAGAUGGUGGUAAAUGCACCAGGCUUUGGUGUCGGUAGAGGCAUCCCAGUACCAGGUUCUGUAAAUCAGCCUAUACAAGGUGUAGGUGGUCUUGGCUUCCCUGUACCAAUGAUACCACAACCUAUAGGGUCACCUGUAUUGAAACGGGAUAUGGGUUUGAAUGAUAAAGAACAAAAGGAAGUGAAGCUGCAAAAGGAACAAGAGCAGGAAAGAAGAUGGAAACUACUGCAGCAGUCAAGAAUUGAAGAACAGCAGCAGAUACCUUCAGGGGAAGGAAAAAAGACAAAAAUUACUGGUGCUGGUAAAUCUGGGAUGAUGUUGGAGAUGCCAGAGAAAUCUGAGCAAGAUAUGUCUGGGGCUAUGAUGAAUGUACCUUUGCCAGUCCAGAGUCCAGUUGGAGUAACAUUGCAACAACAUGCAGGUGGUCCCAGUCCACAGCAUGCCUUCCAAUCGAGUAUCUUAUCAAAUCCACAACCAACAAUGAUGUCUUCUCCAAUGCAUAACAACUUGCCACAUGGACCUUUUUCUACUAUGGACCAACAUACACCUGGUGCUCUAGGCCAUGCAACUCUGGAAACGGAUCAUUCACAAGGAAUGCCGAAUGAACAAGUCAACCUCAAUUCACUACCUGGCACACCAAUACCAGGAUCACAUAACCAACCUGGAGCUAUGGCAGCUGCAGUGUCUAAUAACACAGGGGCACCAAUGCCACAGAUGCAUCUUGCUUUACCAAUGCCAGGAGCCCCAGUAACCUCAGUUCCACCUAGUCCAGUUCAUAGUGGUCAGAUGAUUGCUACAGGCAGCCAGGUCCAUUCAGCUGUGACACCAGGAAAUGAAGCAUCUGGAUCUCAGUUUAUGCAGUCUAAUCAGUUCCCAUUUCAAGGCCAAGGCCCACACCUUGCGAUGUCAGCAACAGAUGAAAAGUUUCAGAACAGGCAACACUUAAAGGAAUUGUUAAUGCGAAGGAAAAAGAGAGAACCACAGACACAAGGUGUAACAGCACAUUGGCAAGGAGAAGAUGUCCAACGAGGUCCCCCUCCUCCUUAUCCCGGAGGAACACAAAUGCAUGCUAACCAGCCAGGUUUAAAUCCAAACAUCAGAGCACCUUUUCAAGGUGGUGCAGAAUUUUCUCCAGGAUUUGCACCAAGAAUGGGAUUUGAUAAUCCUCGUCAUCCCCAGCCUGAAAUUCAAAAUAUGCCUAAUCCGCAGGGUGUGAUGCAGGCCAAUGCACCAGGAGGUCUGAUGCCUCAGUGGAAGCAAGGGGGACAAUUCGUUAGCCCAAGAAUGCCAACAAAUCAACCAGACAGGCCUCAAGGACCUUACAUUGAACUUAAGCAUGGUGGAAUUGCACGAGCAAGAAAUCCUCAUAUGGCAAUCUUACAUGAAAGGUUACAGCAAAGAGCUGGAGGAGUUCAGUUCCAGCAGCCCCGGAUGCCUUUGAGACCUGUAUUAGAUGCACAUGGCAAUUCCCUUGAUCCAUAUGAUCAUUUAGUUAGACAGAACCACGCAAAUCAAGGAAUGCCAUUUCCUGUUAAAUCUGAAGCACAAAUUCAGCACCAAUUACAAAGUAGAACCACUCAUGUGACAAGCACUUCAUUGCCUGCUACACCAACUAGCAGUGCACCAACAGUACCAUUCACAGGUAUUGGGCAUACGCAGCAACAACAAUUUCAGGGUCAACCAAUGGUACGAGUACAUAGUCAGCCACAUGGGGAACAAGGACAAGAAGACCAUGAUGCCCAUCUAGAAGAUUUAUUUAAGAAUGGUGAAUUUAAUAUAUUGGAUUUGGCAGAUCCUCUGAUUGACACAAACAAACACUCAGAAGAUAACCUGCAGCUAUUCCGAGAUCUUGGAAUUGGGGAUGAAAAGGAUGAUGAAUCAAAGCAAAGCCACCAAAAGCAAUCACUCCAGAGAACUUCGUCACAAUCUGUUGAUGACUCAAGUAGCAUUCCACAAGAAAACAAAGAAACAACAGCAGUGGUUACUAGCAAUAGGACUGCUAUGGGAAAUGAAGCACAAACAAGAACAAAUGAACAUCAAAAAGAUGAUAUCACAGAGAAGAGUUCCACCUCAAUAUCAGCUGAAUCACCCAAGGAAGAAUCAGACCUUAAGAAUAUCAGUGAGUCAUCAGAAAACUCUGGCAGUGAAAAAAAGUCUGAAACUGACAACAAAAACAACUCGAAUCAGGCUAACGUUUCAGUUGCUGUUGAAACUAGCAUUGAAAAACCAUCACAGAAAAGUCCUCAGGAAGAAAAGAACAGUAAUGUGACUGAUAAGACGAGUGCAAAGUUGAGUGAAUCACCGCAAGUGUGUGAUGGUAUUCAUGGAUGUCCUGGGGAUAAAGAAACAACUGAAAAAUCUGAAUCUGGAAAAUCCAAUUCGGAAACCGAUGAUUCUAACUCAAACGCUGGCCAGAAUAAAGAACAAGGAAGUCAGUCAAAAGAUGCCAACCUGAACCCAGAUAAACAAUCGGAAAUCACAACUACAGAUGCAGAAACUUCAGACUCGCUUGAUAAAACUGAAGCCAGUGAAGCAGUUUUGAAAGGGAUUGAAGUUACAGCAGAUGCAGCCAGUCAGUCUGAGGAACUUGGAAAGAAUUCCUCCAGUAAUGAAAGUAAACAAACAACUGAGUGCUGUGGUGAUGGAAACUGUUCACCAAAACCAGAUGAUAAUAAAUCACAAGAGAGCCUGCCAAACGAAAAUACAGAUUCACUAGAGGGAACAUCUGAUAAGCAAAGUGAAGAUCUAAAAGUUGAUCUCUCUAAGACUUCACAGACUUCUCAAACUAUUUUGAAAGACCCAGCUGAAACAUCUGGAAGGGAUGCCAAUAUAACAGAUAAAGUUGUAGAGCCAUCAAUACCACCACAAUCAUUAGGAUCACUUAGUGCAAUUACUGGACAAGAAACUGAGACUGUACAACAGAUAAAGACAGAAACUGUAGUUCUAUCUAAAAGGACCCCUCUUCUAGAUGAGCAGCCUCUUCUGUUACAAGAUCUUUUGGACCAAGAGAAGCUAGAGCAACAGAAACAACAGCAAGAGAAUCCUGGUGUAGCAGGUCCUGGUAUAAAAACACCUACACCAGACCCAUAUCUAAAUGAGUUGGACUUUGAAAAAUUGAAGGCUGAAGUGCGACAGUUUGCAAAAGAAGCUGAACUAAAGGCACCCGGUCCUCAUGCUCAACUCCUACAAGCUAUGAAUAGACAGCACCAAGAACAAUUGCAACAAAUUCAGCAGCAGCAGUUCAGUGGUACUGCCCAACAAGAAGCAGCAGUUGUAGAUCAAUUGGUUCAACCAGAAGUUCAGCCAAGUCCAGGUUUAUCACGUAUGCCAGCUCCAGACCCAUUGAUUAAUAAGCAAGGAACUUUUUCACCAAAUCCUCAGCCUGUUAUGGCAGGACCAAGAUUUCCUAUACCAGUUGGACAGCAGUCACCAAUGGUGCCGGGCCAAAUGCCUUUACGUCCACCACAGCAAGGGAUGGCAAAUACACCUGGUCAAAUGUCUCCCAUGAAUUCAGGAAUGCCUAGUCCAGUAGGUUCACAGGUGUUUCCGGGAAUGCAACGACCACCAGUUCCAGGUGUUCCUAGAAUGCCUGGUGGAAUGACAAAUCACUGUAUGCAAGGUCCUUCACCAAGUCCCAUACCACAUAUGAUGGGUAACAUGCUAAACCAAAAUCAGAGAGUUCCUGCAUCCUCACCAACUAGUGUACCAAGAAUGCCUGGUGGAAUACAAAGUCCGGGUGGGAAUAUGGUUAUGCCCAUGCCAUCACCAAAUUCUAUACAGCAUAUGCCGGGACCUCAGGGACAACCGAUGGGAGAAAUUCCUCUAGGGAUGAUGUCUCCUGGUAUGGCUAACCAACAGGCAAGGAUGCAGAUGAGUGCACAAAAACCAGCACUCUUAGAAGGCCAAGGAUUUAUGCCACCAUUUUCAGAUGAACCAGCACCAAACCCUCAAGACAGAGUUCAACAUCAGCAGUGGCUACUUCGUAAAGAACAACAUUUGCAACUGCAAGUAAAAAGUCUAGAUACCGAAAUAAGCAAAUUUAGGAAACGAAAGAAAGUUCUAUCAGCUAGACAAAGAUCUUGUAAAAAAAGUAAUCGUGUAUUUCCAGAAAAUGAUGUUAAGGAGUUAGAGGCCCUGUCUCAGCAAUAUGGAGGCAUUACUAAAAAGUUAGAGGCUGCCAGAAAACUUGUACGCCAGCAUUCCUCCUUGAUGGAAGAAUAUGGAUUAAAACCUCAGAAAGCAUUAAGUGGUCCCGCAAAUAUGAUGCAAAGACCUCCAUUCCAAGGUCAACAAAACAUUAUGAUGGGUAAUGCUCAAAUUCCCUUUAUGCAUCCUAGAGGUAUGAUGCCUCAUAUGAUUCGACAACAAAUGAAUCCUCAUCUGAUUCAAGGCAAUCAGGGACAAAUGAUGCCGGGGAAACCAGGUGCCAUGAUUCAGCAUUUCCAACAAACUCUAAUGAUGCCCCAAGGCCAAACACCUAUGAUGCAGCUUGGUGGUCAACCACGAAUGAUGGUACCAGGCCAGCAGUCGCCAAUGAUGAUGGGUGGACAGCAAGGUCCUGUUAUGCAACAAGGACAGUCAAUGAUGCAGGGCGGACAGAUGUUGCAGCCUGGACAACAAAUGCAUGUGCAGUCAAUCAUGCAACCAUCAAUGAUGCAGGGUGGCAUGUUACAUGGAGGUCAACCUAUGAUGCAACCAGGUCAACAAAUUGCUAUGAACCAACAAGGAAUGUUGCAGCAGCCAGGAAUGAUGGAAAAGCUACGAAUGCUUCCAGUUCGACAACCUGGCCACCAAUCACCUAUGCUCCAUCCAGGACAGCAGUCCCCAAUGUUGCAACCAGGUCAGCAGUCACCCAUGAUGCCUCCAGGUCAGCAGUCACCAAUGAUGCCACCAGGUCAGCAGUCACCAAUGAUGCCUCUAGGGCAGCAGUCACCAAUGAUGCCUCCAGGUCAGCAAACUCCAAUGAUGCCUCCAGGUCAGCAAUCACCAAUGAUUCUCCCAGGUCAGCAGUCUCCAAUGAUACCUCCUGGUCAGCAAUCACCAAUGAUAAUUCCAGGUCAGCAAUCACCCAUGGUACCGCCUGGUCAGCAAUCACCAAUGAUGCAACCUGGUCAACAGUCACCAAUGAUUCAACCAGGACAGAAGUCACCCAUGUUACAACCAGGACAACAAUCACCGAUGAUACAACCUGGACAACAAUCUCCAAUGGUUCCCCAGCCAUCACCAUUGAUGCCAUCAAUGGUGAAGUUAAGCCAGCAAAUUUGCAAACUGCAAAUCAACCAAAUUCAAGCCAACCAAAUGCAAGCUGCAGGAUUAACAAAUAAACCAGCAUCCAUGAUGCAUGAAAUGCAAAGACAGAUGAGGAAUGCAGAGCAGUUAUCAAAAUCAGAUCAAAUAUCAACAGCUCCAACUACAGCUAGUAUUCUGCCAGCCCUACAGAGUUCUCCAAUGGUUCAACAGAGCCAUCCUCAGUCACCCAUGGUGCCUGUAAAUGACCCAGCUUCAUUGGCUCAUACAGACCGCCAGUCUCCCAUGGUUUCCUUAGGGCAUCAAUCUCCAGUUGUGUCCCAAGGCCAGCAGUCACCAAUGGUACUGUCAAAUAAUUUACCUGGUCAACAAUCACCAUUAACUAAAUCAGAUAAGCAAUCUCCAGUGGUGACUCCUGGGCAACAGUCACCAAUAGUUCCUCCCGGACAACAGUCUCCCAUGCCUGGACAUCAGUCUCCUAUGAUUCAAGCUAUUCAACAGUCUCCACAAGGAAGUCAGCCUUCUCCUGUAAUUUCUACACUGGACACACAAGGCCAUUCAUCUCCUAUGGUGCCAAUUGGUCUUCAGCAAGGUGCACAGUCACCAAUGAAUCCAGCUACUCCAUCGCCAAUAGUGGGAAAUAAUCCAAAAUUCCCUACCCCUCCACAUCCAGGGAUGGUACAAAAUCCCAUGUCAUCUAUAAAACCUCCAAUGUCACCUCGAGUAACACCUGCAGUAAUGCAACAGCAGCAACAUGUUCAGAUUUCUGUAAUGGACAACAAUCCAUUUAGUGAGGCAUUCCAAGCCAGAGAAAGGCAAGCUAAAUUGGAACAACAAAGCGAAAGACAAAGAAUCCAAUUGGUCCAAGAGAUAGAAAAGAUAAAAAUGCAACAUAUGAAGCAAGAGCAAGGACAAAAUCCAAUAGCUGGGUUACAAACUCACACAAAAUCCUCUCAAGGGGAGAUGGCUUUCUACAAUCAAGAUCCUCUUGGUUUUCCAAUGCAAGAUCCAAAUGUUAUAGCAAUGCAAUCUACAAAUGAAACGUUAAAUCACAUCCAGCAAGUAAUAUCACAACAAUCUCAAUCUACAGUGCCAAUGGUGGAUAGCCUUCAGAUGCCACCUCCAGAAGGCUUUCCAAUGCCUCCAAACUAUCCAGUGUCUCAAGAUAAAAAAGAGAAGCCUAAAAAGAAGCGAAUGCGCAAGAAAAACCAAAAAAAGAAGGACACAGACGGCGAAGGUUCUGAUGGUAAUGUAAUGAGCAAUGUCCGUCCUGGUCGUCCCCUACCGUUGAUGCCACUAGAUACAACACCAGCACCUAAUGACUUAAUGGCACCAGAGAUGUGCAUGCAGAAGCCAGAGGAAUUAGUGCAGCAGGCAAGUUCUAAUGUCAUCAGUUCUGCCAAUCCUAACAUUCCUGUAAAUGCUCUGCCAAUCUUAGCUGGUAUUGAUGAACAUAGUAUGCAGCAGCUGAGUAAUCAAGACCCCAGUAUGCUCUCAGGAGCACAGAAAACCUUCCUUCAGAACCAACUUCUGAAGCAGUUGCUUCAGGGACCAGCAAUUUAUGGCCAGCAUAAGGUUGGGGCUCUUCCUCCUCACCUGGCUGAGUUGGCACAAGCCAGUGUUAAUCAAAACACCGAUCAAGUCCAACCUGCCCUACCAAAUGGUAAUAAUGGUACAGGACGAGAACCAGAGGAGGAGGAAGAGGAGAUUAAAUUAACACCAGAACAACUGAAACAGUUGGAGAUGUUGGAGAAACUGCCCUAUGUUAUUAAAAAGAAGGAUGGAAAACCUGCUAAGAAUGACCAUGAAAUUUUGAUGGAGCUUCACAGAGAGGAAAUACAAGAGAAAAGAAAACAAUUUGAAAUAGAAGAGAAUCGGAAACAAAAGAAAAAAGAAGGUGCCAAAAAGAGUCCAAAAGAGAGAGCACCUCGUAAACGCAAGAAGCUUUCCAAAUCAGAGGCAAAGAACCAGGACAACAUUAUGAAUGCUCUGAAACAGCUUCCAGUAUUGGAUCUCUGUGAACCAGAGGUCGUUAUCAACUUUGCUCUCUGUCAGCCGGUUGGGAGCAGUGCAUUAAAUGGAAAGAAUAAACUUUUAGGAAAAUAUGGUUAUGCCUUGAUUGAUGGAGUUCGAGAUUUUUAUGGACUUUUUCCAAAUGGUGUAUUAGAGUCGAAUAACCCUCCAACUCCACCAUCCUCUCCUCCAAUUAAGAAGGAACUAAACCUUGUCAAUGGUGAAAUACAUACUGGAGAUGUAUCAAAGAAGUUAUUGAAGCAAAGAACAAAGUCAGGUGGCAUGCCUGGGUUAAGAGCAAGCCCUCUCUCCUCUGUUGUUCCUGUGUCGGAUGUAACACUAACCACUGGGGAUGAGCUCUUACGCGAGAUGCAAUCUCAUCAGCGCACGAUUACUAGAGCCGCAAACUUGGCAUACAGCGGUGUCAAUGUACCACCUUCUCUACCGACACCUCCACCGUCGAAUAUUAGCUCUGCUGAAGAAGCCAACCGACUCCGCGUCCGGAUGCUAUUGCAUACGGAUUCCAGCGUGCCAUCAUCAUCCCCAGAGUUAGAUGACAGUGAACCUGUGCGGUACAAAGGUUUGCGUUUGAUAACAGAGAAUGCAGAGUCGUUAUGUAAGAAGGAGAGAUCAACAUCGCCGGCUUUCGCUAUUGUAAAACCCACGCCAAGGAGAGGUGUAAUAAAGAACACAACCGUUGGUUCCUCAGUCACGUUGACACUCAAUCAACAGGCAGGCAACAACCCACACAACGUUAUUGUGAGUCUUUCUGAAAUUCUCAAGAUACCAGUUCCGUCCAACAUCCAGUUGAAUAACUUAGCAUUCAAGCAAGACCUGUCAUUAGGUACAAAUAAAGGGGAUUCCCCUGUGAAAGAAGCACACAAUCUCUUGGUAUCAGCUUCCUCCAGCAGACAGCGUUUCUGCAAGCACUGCGACGUCUUGAUACUUGGGGAAGCUUUCUACAAACCAACUGACGCUACCCCUCCAGGGAAAUCGCCAGACCCAUCAUCUGUGUUCUGCAGUACGAAUUGCUUCAUGCAAUGGACUCUCACGCAGAGAACGCAAACUCUACUGAACACGCAAGAACUUACUGGGCCAGUCGUGAACCAUCCAAGUCACAAGUCUCUUUUGCCUCCUAAGCUUGUAUCGCCGACGCAAAUUAGUCCACCGCCCGUCUCUCCGGGCCCUCCCUCGCCUCCAAGGCCAGAGGUAAAAAUUGAAGAGGUUAAGAUUGCAGAUGUGAAGAGGGAAUACAAAGAGAUCCUAAAGGAAGCAAAAGAGGCAAGUGCUUUGAAGGAAGCAAGAGAAAAAGAGGAAGCAAGACUAGCAAAGGAAGCUAAAGAAUGGAAAGUGAAAGCUCAGAUUAAAAGAAAACUAGCUGAAACACCAAAGCCACAACCCAUGGUGAAGAAAUGGAAAAACAUUCGUUACAAGAAAUGGUCUGAAUACUGCCUACCACGAAAGAAAUACGCUGACCCUGUUGAAGAAGACAUUGAUGUGUUAAUUCAAAAACUUGGUACAUCUCUGCGGCCAGGUAGUGGGCUUGAAGAUGCGAGGAAUUGUAUUCUUUGCAGCGAUGUUGGAGAUGGGGACACAAAUGGAUCAGCAAGAUUGCUUAAUUGUAACGUCAACUCAUGGGUGCAUCUUAAUUGUGCCUUGUGGUCAUAUGAGGUGUACGAGACUUUAAAUGGUGCCCUCAUGAAUGUCCACACGUCAAUUAAACGAGGACUUGCUAACAAGUGCUGCUACUGCAGCAAAUUCGGGGCCACAGUUCACUGUCACAAGGUCAGAUGUCUGAAUAUUUAUCAUUUUGGAUGUGCAAUAAACGACAACUGUAUGUUCUUCAAAGAUAAGACUAUGCUUUGCCCUCUUCAUGCGCCAUCUAAGAUUACAGAGAGUACCCUUGGUUCACACACUGUUUUCCGACGAGUAUACAUCAGUAGGGACGAACACAAGCAAGUGGCCAGGGUUAUGCAGGAUGGCGAGAAUAAGCGAACACUGCGUGUAGGAAGCCUUGUGUUUAAAUGUAUCGGUCAACUUCUUCCACACCAAAUGCAAUCAUUCCAUUCAUCAACAGCAAUAUACCCUGUUGGAUUUGAGGCAACACGCUUGUACUGGAGUAUGCGAUACACCAACAAACGAUGUUCAUACGUAUGUACCAUCGGUGAUUCUGGCGGGAAACCAGUGUUUACGAUCCGUGUCCAGGAGCAGGGACAUGAGGAUGUUACUGUCCAAGAUUCUACAAUCAAAGGCGUUUGGCAGAAAAUCUUACUGCCAAUUGAGAAACUUCGACGAGAGGCCGACAUGCUCAAACUCUUUCCACGGUUCAUCACAGGGGAGGAUAUGUAUGGUCUGCAAGAACCAGCCAUUUUACACGUACUUGAAUCACUUCCUGGUGUUGAGCUGAUUCAGAACUACAACUUUCGCUACGGACGAUCACCGUACCUAGAGCUUCCAUUGGCUAUCAAUCCAUCCGGAUGUGCCCGUACGGAACCUAAAAUGAGAACACACGUCAAGAGAUCUCAUACUCUGACAAGCAACACAACAUCAAGGUCCUACCAUCAACCACUGGUCACUGGUGAUAGCAUUUAUCCAUACAAGACAUUCGUUCACUCGAAGACAUCGCAAUACCGUAAGAUGAAGAGCGACUGGAAAUCGAAUGUCUUCUUGGGUCGCUCACAGAUUCAGGGUCUUGGACUGUAUGCUGCCAAAGACAUUGAAAAACACACUAUGGUGAUUGAGUACAUCGGCACCCUGAUCAGGAACGAGGUCGCCGACCGUAAAGAGAAGCACUACGAGGAAUCAAAUCGUGGAAUCUACAUGUUCCGUCUGGACGAUGAUCAGGUGAUUGAUGCAACGCUGUCCGGCAACUCUGCCAGAUACAUUAACCAUUCGUGCAAUCCCAACUGCGUUGCUGAAGUCGUUAGCUUCGAGAAGGACAACAAGAUCAUUAUUAUCUCCAACAGACGCAUUUCCAAAGGCGAGGAGCUUACCUAUGAUUAUAAAUUUGACUUUGAAGAUGAUUCGAACAAGAUUCCCUGUGGCUGUAAAGCACCAAACUGUCGAAAGUGGAUGAACUGAACAGGGGUCACAAACAGAGGUCACAAACACCUGAUUGAGCUCCGACAUGUUCUUGUGCUCUUAUAUGGAUCACUUAGUGCAGCAGUGAUGACAGAUAUGUCAAAAAUCCUUCAGAAGCUUUUUAUUGAAUUAUCGAUUUCCAUCAACAUGAACAGUUAAUUCACAGAGAUUAUAUCACCUAUGGCAUUAUUGAGAACAGCUCCAUUAAAUCUACAUGGAUUUAGAAUACCUUGAGUCGACUGCAGAUGAUCAGUUACCUGAAGAAGUGAAGGAGUAACUGGUCUCUGCUUGUGUUUUGAUUAACAAAAGUUGACAAAAGCUCUUGACAUCCCCAAGAGAUUCUAUCAGAACCAGAACCUAUAGACAGAACUUGGUUAGAGAGAGUCUCACCAAGAAUAUAUUGUGACUUGCUAUGAACCAGCUCAUUUUGUGAAAAACGAUUUCAGCUGGUUGGCUGGUAUAGAUGUAAAAUUGGACUUGUCAAUUUACUACAGAUCGGGUAUAUCUGAAGAUUAAGCAGUGGGAAUAUUUCACUGACUUAAUUCCCAAUGACAUUACACACAAACCUAGGGUACAAAACACACUUAUUAAACACUAGUAAAUAAUUGUUGCUCUAUAUCCUUAUCACUCUACGACCAACAAAUUGUUCAUAUAAGAACUAUAGAUAUAUAUUAAGAAUUAUUACACAUGAUUACUAUUGACUAUUUAAACGAAAAAUGUACAUAAAAGUAUAAAUAACAAUUGAUGAUCAUUCACAAUAGAUAAUAUGAUAGAUAGAUGUCAACUACGAACUAUAAACCGAUGGGUCAUUAGUGGUAAGAGGGUGACAUUGAUGCCUACAUCAGUACUAACACAGUGACAAUCGGUGUUGUAUUUAAUCAAGUAAUGAUUGUUAAGCUCUUUCCAAACUAUCAAAUUUUCUUUGACAAAAAAAAAACUGUUGUAUGCCCAUAUAUAGUUAUGAUGUGCCUAUAUAUGGUCAUGAUGUGAUGUCAUCAUGACCAUAUUUAGGUAUGUUGCAUGUCUAUGUCAAAUAAAAUUUGAUAGUCUGGACAGGCCUUUAGUAUACAAGUGAUAGUUAAUAAGCAGUAUUGACCCAGCUGUCCAUAGAUAUAUACUCCCAUGUAUUUUCAUGGAAAUAAUCUAGAUAAACUGGCAGUAUGUAUGUGAUAGUUUGACCAUAGUCUGUCAAUGAAAUUGGAGGGGAGGGGAGGUGGGGGAGAUGAGAGAUUAGGUAAGUAAUUUGAAAACAAUGACCAGUCCUCAUUUUAAUGGCAAUAAUUUUGACACUACUGUAUUUAUCUAAACUAACACACAUUAUCGCCUCUUGUUUAUAAAAUGUUUUUAAAUAAUAGUAGAAACAUGAGUCUGUCAAUUUUCAAUUAAAGUAUAUCAUCUUUUUUUACUUGGUCCGCACAGGAUAAAAUAGCAUGUGAAAUAUAUUUAAAUAUAUGUUAAUUGAAUUGUGCAGUUAAGUCACAUAAUUUACCCAGGAUUCGCUCAAUCCAUUUGUAAAAUUUUCUCUAUUUUUUAGCAAAACAUUAUAUAAACAUAUUAAUAUAUAAAUAAAAUCAAAGUAAUAUAUUGUACACAAUUAAUUCAUAUUUUGGAAAAUUUUAGGAAGAAAAUGAAUCAAUAUUUACAAUGAUGAUAAUGAUGAUAUGAGAGCAAUCAAAACUAAUAUGUUAAAUGGAAUAAUUUAUACAUUUGCCAGUACAGGCAUUUUAACCAGGCUGAGGACUGUGUGAGAUUGAAGUGACUCAAUUCUCUCCAGUUCUUUCUUCUUCAAAGAGUCACAUUAUGGAAAAAAAAAAGAAUGUAUAGAUAAUGCAAUUAGAACUAUAUUAAAAAGUUACCUAUUGUAUACCCCUCUUGUACAGAAAAUCUUAUCGUAACUGAGAUAGAUAAAUCAAAGUAUACCAACAUGCUCUAAAUAAUGUAAUAAAUAUUGCGAUAUUAAAUUGUAUAGGUGUUUUAUCACAUACACAAAUGGAAUUGUAUACGAGAAAUUGCAAUGGCUUAAAUUUAAGGAAUGAACAUAGAAUUAUCACAAUGAACUUAAACAGGACUUAUUUGUAACAUAGUGAGUUGAGACCAUUGUGAUUUUAUUUUCUCAACUGUCAGGGAUUAGAUUGCUUGUGAAUCAAAAAGAAAAAAAUGUAAAUUUUGAGUUUACCAAACAAUUAGUAAUUGAAAUUAGCAGCUGUUAUUAAAACAAAAUGAAUUUUUUUUUUACUUUUGAAAAACAUAAUAAUUCAACUAUUUAAUUCUCUUGUGCAAACUUUGCAUGUUGGUGCUAAGUUUGAAAUAGAUUAAGAGUUAACAAUAUUUAAAAAUAUCCCAAAUAUGGAAAAUAUUGAUUCAUAUCACCAUAGUAAAAGUUUUGAACUGACCAAUCACACUGUCAUUAUUUGAACACAAGAUUUAAAAUGGAUCAUUUUGAUGAGUUAAUAGAUAUUAAUUUAGUAGUUAAUAAGUCCUGGUAAAUGGUUACAUGCCUAUUAUCAUUCUUGCGUUUUUUUGUUUUUUUAUUAUUAUGACGUAGCCAUGUGCGACAGAGACAAAAAAUAGAAUUUAAGUUAGAAUAACACAUUGUUGAAACUGUAUUAUAAAAUUGGUGUAUUGUAUCUACAUGAGAAAAUCUUUCAUGAAUAUUUCUUAACUUAAAACUGUAAAACAAGUUGUAAAUUUACCAUUAUUUUGUACAACUAUAUUGAAGAAAAUUUGUAGAUUUGUCUCCAGUUUUUUUGGGUUUUUUUGUACAUCUAUACAUAAUUUUUUUUCGUAUCAGAUUAAUACGUAGUAUUCAAAUGACCGAUUGUCGUUGGGUGCUAGGCAUGCUUUCUUCCAAGUCUUAUCAAAAAUGUGCUGCUUCGUUCUUGCCUACCAAGAACAAAGCAACAACAGUGUAUGUCGUGUAAAUAUUCAUAAUUAGAUAAGAGACUUUUAUGAAGGCAUAUUAUUUUCUACCGUUUGUGUGAAUUCAGUGUUAUUGUGAAUACUUAGUCGCCAUCCCCCGCUGCAAUUCAACCAGUUUUUGUUUUUUUUUUCCAUUUUCUUUUUCGAUUAACAAGAUGAAAAAUCACUACAGAGAAUAUACUGGUUUUAUAUUCUGAUUAUUUUGUGGCCAUGUAAACAUUUAAGAUUUCUAUGUAAUAGGAGCUUGUCACUUUUUGUAACAUUUGUACAGAUAUUUUACAGAUAUGGUGUAAUGAUUUAAAAAAAAUGUUCAAUUGUAAUAACUGGAAUUUCCUGACUUUAAACAAUGAACUUACAAUUUUUUUUUUUUCCUUUUUCAGAUUGCCAUGUGCAAUUUAUAAACUUGUUACUGAUGUUUUCUUUUGUUGCUGCUGAUAUCUUUAAAACAAAUGGUUAUUUUGAAGUCAAUUGUUACUUAUUUUGCAGUCAAAUGUAUUUAGCGUAUACACAAUUACUCUGUUCGGGCUUAUUGGUGGCAUUUCUACACCCUACAAUAAUUUUUUAGACAUUGUGGGACAACUUUUAUAACAAAACUUAGAAUAUAUGUACAGUUAAUAUACAGUUGUUAUAAGUAUCUUGUAAAUUAUUCAAAAGGCAUUUAGUUACAGUAUAAAACAAUGCUAAAUUAAGGACAUCUAAUGAAAUAUACAAUCAUUUACCAUAAUGGUUAUUGUUAUUUUUUUCAUUUAUUUUUAAAUUUAUUAUUGUCUCUGGCCUGUUUUUGUUGUGUUACUUGUGUUUGCAAUUAUGGAGCCAAACACAAUCUUUGUUGUAUAUAGUGACUAUCUAGUACAUAAAGAAUUAUGAUAGGGUAUUUUCGUCAUUUACUGUCUACUUCACUGUGAAUAAAUCUGUCUGUGCCGUGGUUCCGCCAAUAAAUGUUUUAUUCUCAUAGAAAUUCUAUAA